AUGAUACUUUUGUUAAUUGAGUUAUCAAUUUUGCCAAUAAUUUUGUCAUACAUUGAUCUAGAUACAAGCUUUACUAAUCAUAGAUUUGCAGCUGCUGAUAUCAAUGGUAAGAAGAAUAAUAUCUAGGUUGGCAAUUCGGUUACGAACUGAACAAUGAUGAUGCAGUUUCAGUUAAAGGAUUAACUUAGGAUAAAAAUAUUGACUUAGAAAGAAGCGAAUGUUUAACUAAUGAUGGAUAGUGCACUGAUCCAAAUGCCAUUUAAUAUGUCGGUUUAGGAAUUGUAGGAUAUACGGGAGGGUCUGUUAAGGUUUUUGAGAAUUUACCUCCCCAUUGUCAAAUUUAUUUUUCUGCUGAAAUGGCUGUGUAUAAAAAAUGAUAUAUCAUAUGUUAGAAAAGGGUUGGAAAUUUCAAUCGGGAAAAUUAUUGUUAUGAUAGACUCUUUACCUGUUGUUAUCUAUACAAUAAAUCCAUAAAAUGAUGGUUUAUUUUAUGAAGCAACUACAAUAUAAGGAAUUUACUCUCAUUAUUAGCCGUUUUUACUUUUUAGCUUUCAUGCUGGUUUUGGAAGUUAUGAAAAAUCUAUGGGAAUUCGAAACAUCAACAUUAAAUAUACACCUUGUCCUGCUGGAUGCUUAAUUUGUUCCAUAACAGAAGUUUAACUCUAAUGUUCUUAAUGGGUUCUGAAUUAUGAAGGAAUGCGUCUCAAUUCUUAGCUUCUUAGUAAUGAUGGUUGGUAAAUAACUAAGUCGAAAGAAAUAUUUAAGAUGUUAACUUAAGAUUUAAAUACAAUAUCCUAUUCAUUUUGCUUAUCAUCUGGAUUAGGUCCUUUUGGAUAAGAUUAAGAUGUCAUAAAGACUUUAUUUUUGGAUCCACAUUAUGAAGUGAGAUUUAAUUUCUACAUAAUAACAUUGUUAACUCAAUUAAGACUUUAACCAGUGGUUGUAGUUCGAAUAGAUGGACUUGAAGUUUAUUAGUUCAAUUUUUAAAAUCCAGAGUUUCUGAUUAACUUCUGUUAAUGGGAAUCCUAUCAACGUUCUGUUAGAUAAUAAUAAAAAGCAAUAAAAAAAGUAGAUUUUACCUUAAAAAACACCAACCGUAAGAUCACUUUUUCACUUAGAAUGUAAACCAUUACUUUACCAAUAAUUAUUGACUAAUUUAUUUUAAAAGAUUUUUAAGUUUAUAUUAAAAAAUGUUAUUAAGAACCUAACUUUAAUUGUGAUGAAUGUGUAGGUCCUGAAAAGAAAGAUUGCAUAUAGAGGGCUAAAAUAGUCAAUUUUUAAUAGAUUGCUGCUCUAGAUUUGACAGCAGGUCAUGGAUGGUAAGUUAUAUUACCAGAAUCUGGUGGUAUUUAAACUUGCAAUAGUAGAAAUUAUUUUGGUUUGGAUUAAACUAAAGUUAUGAAUUCAUACAUUUAAAAGUUUUUUACUAUUAAUGAUCCUCAUACAGAUAUUGAGAUAUCUUUUAUCAUUUAAAAAAUAGAUAAAUAUACAUCUGAAAAUUUUCAAAUUUAUUUAGAUGAAGUUCUUAUUGAUGAAAUACAAUUUUCAACUAUUGAUUAUCAAUAUAGUUAUUGUGGUUCUGAACUUGAUGACGAUGGUUAAAUGCUUUAUACUAAGAAGAUUGCACAUUCCCGUACAUUAUCUCUCAUUUAAAUCAAAUCAACCUAAACAACAGCUGAUGGUAUUAAUUUCAUUAAAUUUAGGUGUUUUUGGAAUAUACAAUUUCAAACUCAAAAUAAAAAAUGGAAAGGAAUCCAAAGAUUUAUUCGAUGAUUUAUCCAUUAACCCUAAUUUUGCUUCAAAUCAAUGGAAUCAGUGGAUGAUUACUUAAUUUUCUAAUGACCUUAAUUAAUAUUUUUGUGAUAGUUCUGUUACAUUAAUAGGAAAACUAUAGCCAGAAAUGUAAAUAAGAAGAUUUAUCUAAAAUAUUGUUAUUCAUACUUAAAUAAGGAUUCAAUUUACUAUUUAUUUAUUCACAAGUAGUUUUAAUGAUAAAAGUUUAAGUCUAAUCCUUAAUAAUUAAACUGUUUGGGAUUAAAAUAUUGGUUGGUAUACUUAAAAAGCUUGUGAUGACAAUUUAGAUACGUUUGUUGUUAAAGAAGAUAUAAUAUUAGAUCAUGAUUUAGAUUAUGCUUUCUUAAUUUGGAGUAGUAAUGUAUAAGAUCUAAGUGCAUCAUGGGGAAUUGCAGACUUUAAAUUAUAUAUUUCAUGA